AAGUCAGAGACUUGGCAAAUCUUGGAAAUAACUUUGUAGGAUCUGUAAGCAGGAAGGAUGGGUAGCUGAUUCUGUGAGGUGAAAUCUAUGUCAAACAGCUACGAAUGUAGUAUCAGCCAGAACUUGGGAUAUUAUCUCAAGGAAAACAAACUGGAAAAGUAUAAAUCACAGAGAACUAGCACCUUGUGCAGUCCUCUUGGAUUAGGGACUUGCCAUGAGGUGCUAAAGCCUUGUUUCACUGAUUUGGAGAGACUGGACCUAAAUGGCGCAGCAUGACUUUGCUCCAGCCUGGCUUAAUUUUCCUACUCCUCCUUCUUCAACAAAGUCAUCACUGAACUUUGAGAAACAUUCUGAAAAUUUUUCAUGGGCAGAGAGCCGUUAUGAAGCAAAUCGCAGAAGACACAACUCUUCAGAUGGGUUUGAUCCUAGUAUUGGAAGGCAUAACGGAGAGCAUUUUGGGAGAAAAGAGAAAAAUGGUUGGCGUUCACAAGGCAGAAAUGGUACAGAAAACAUAAGCCAUCGUGGGGGAUAUCAUGGCGGAGGCACCCGCACACGUACCAGCAAUUUCCACUGUGGAAAAAGCCAAGGACUGCAUGAAAAUAACAUACCUGAAAAUGAAGCUGGGAAGAAGGAAGACAAGGAAGAACCCAAACAAUUUGAGGCUGAGGAUUUUCCAUCACUGAAUCCUGAAUAUGAGAGAGAACCAAACCAGAAUAAAUCUUUAGCUGCAGGUGUAUGGGAGUAUCCUUUGAAUCCUAAAUCUAGAUCUCCAAGAAUGCUGGUCAUUAAAAAGGGGAGUACUAAAGAACUGCAGAUAUCAGGAUUCCCUGUGGCUGGAGGUCUUCAUUCACAGUCGGUCAAGAAUGGAACCGGCACAAGUGUUUAUAAAGGAUUAAUCCCUAAACCAGCCACUCCGCCUGCAAAGCCGACACAGUGGAAAAGCCAAACAAAAGAAAAUAAACUUGGGAAUCCAUUUCCUCAUGAAUCUGCAUAUAGUAUUGGCAAUUUCAGUGCUUUCAAAUCAACUGUCAAGGCAUUUAAUGUGUCACAGAAUUCAGCGAAAGAGUGUAAUCGGUCAAAUUCUUCAUCCCCUGUUGACAAAGUUGGUCAGCCUCGUUUAACAAAUUUAACAAGAAUGCGGACUGAUAAUAAGAGUGAAUUUUUGAAAGCGCUGAAACGAGAUAGAGUGGAAGAGGAACAUGAAGAUGAGAGUCAUGCUGGGCAGGAGAAGGAUGAUGACUCCUUUAACUUGCAUAACAGCAACAGCCCUCAUCAUGAGAGAGAUAUAAACCGAAACUUUGAAAAUGAAAUUCCGCAGGAGAAUGGAAAUGAUUCGAUUACAUCUCAACAGAUCAUUCGAUCUUCAACUUUCCCUCCGACAGAUGUUCUUUCAAGCUCACUUGAGGCAGAACACAGGUUGUUAAAGGAGAUGGGCUGGCAGGAAGAUAGUGAAAAUGAUGAAACAUGCGCUCCACUAACGGAGGAUGAGAUGAGGGAAUUCAAAGUCAUUAGCGAACAGUUACAAAAAAAUGGCCUUCGGAAAAAUGGUAUCUUGAAAAACGGCCUCAUCUGUGACUUUAAAUUUAGCCCCUGGAAAAACAGCACUUUCAAACCUGCUCUGGAAAUUGAGGAUUCUGAGACGAGCAGCAGCGAUACAUCAGAUGAUGAUGAUGUGUGAAGAUUUCUCUAACAUCUGUAGAAGCUCUUUUUGAUCUCACGAAUAUUUUGGGGGUGUAUUGUCCAAAAAAAAAAAAAUCUAAUUUAUGUAGUAAUAUCCCCCAUUAGAGAAAGAAUGAUGGGACUUCUCUCCGAAGAAAGCAAGGAGUGUUGUGUUGGGUGUGUUGAACAUUACUAUAAUUUCUUUGUAAACGAAUGUUGUAGAAUGAGAACUUGGGUUGACUCAGUAUUGGCUUUCUUCAGCACUGCAGCAUUUCUGACUAGCAAUGUGACAAUGUAACAAAUCAGACCUUCUCAUUUAAUAAUAAAAACAAAAGAAUUGUGUAAUGUCUUGCAAAGCUUCUGUCUUAAAAUGUCCAAGUCUAUGAGGAAAAAAGGGGCAAUUGAUACAGUGUUUUGCUUGCCAAGUCUUUCUCACAAUAGAAAUCCUCAGAUUCGCUUUGUACACAACAAGAGCAAUGUAGCAUGUUGGCUAAAAUGAGCAAAGUGCACUAAAACUCUUUUCCUUAAUUGAGCCGUUGUACUGUUCUACUUUUUCCACACGUAAUUGGUCUUUAGCCAUUAGUAGUGUAGUUAUUGUUACAGG